UGAAGUAGCGCUUGGACGAGCCUAUGCUCAGGAGCUGUCGAGGAUAGUCUGAAAGUGUUCUCCCGGGAGGUUCCAAAGUGGAAUGCCUAAUUUAAAUAUAUCCUCCUUGAAAUCCUCACAGUUUUGUCAAUGUUUGACCCGUUGUUGGAAACCUGUCAACCCCCUUUACUGGCCUAACCUUCUCGGGCCCAUCGGGCUGUUUCAUGCGAGCUUCUUCCUUAAACUUUUUCUCUCAAAAAGUUAUUUCAGGACUCCUAAGAGUAGAUGCAGCAUGGGAAGUUUGUACUAUAAAACGUCUAUCGAUCGUCACCUAUCAGAGAAGUUUUGCAUUGAGGCGGAAGCUCGGUGUCGCUGCAUGCUUACCACGGUAUCACAAAGGCUGAAAUACGAGAUAUUGAGCGUCUCAAAGUUCACCGGUACUGGCUUCUAAGAUCUCGCAUCCGAGGAGCUACAAGAACUGGGCGAAUCAACAUGCGUGCAGAUCUUCAACAUCCCUCCACCUUCACGCUGUGAAACGGGAUUAUCUCACGCCAAGACGGUCAGUUGCAUCUUUGCCCAUCACACAACUUUUCGUGAUGAGUACAAUUGAAUCCUUCUAGGCUUGCAUAAGGUUU